GAAACAGGAGGACAGAGAGAUCUAUGUGAGGACGACCUAAAGGGAGCUGGUGGUGUACAUCAUCUUCCUCAUCAUCCUCUGUAUCUUGACCUUUGGGAUGACCUCGCCCACCAUGUACUACUAUACCAAGGUGUUGAGUGACCUGUUUCUUGACGCACCUUUCCCGGACACCAAGAACACCUUCAGGGGGUCAACCCAGGUCAUGGAUUUCUGGAGGUUCAUGGAGAAUAUCUUGCUGGACGGACUCUACUGGGAGUAUUGGUACGACCCGACGCCCACCCCAACCGAAGAAGACGACCGUAACAUACUGUACGAGAACCGCAUGCUAGGGGUACCUCGCAUACGACAGGUACGAGUUCGAAAUGACUCUUGCUUAAUACCCGAAAACUUCCAGAGAGCCAUCAAUCAGUGCUUUGAUGUGUACUCUGAUGCUGCCAUAGACACAAAUUCAUUUGGGAACGGCAAAAACUCGACAGCGUGGACGUUCUACUCAGAGAAGGAAAUGAAUGGCUCACAACACUGGGGGAAAAUUGCAACAUACACUGGUGCUGGGAGUUACCAGGAUCUUGGCUUAAACAAGACUAUGACUAAAGCCAUUCUUGCUGAUCUGCGAGAAAACUUGUGGAUUCAGAGAGGAACUCGUGUGGUCUUCAUUGACUUCACAGUUUACAAUGCCAACAUCAACCUCUUCUGUGUUAUCAAAUUGUUGUUUGAGUUCCCUGCAACCGGCGGCGUCAUUCCCUCGUGGUCCUUCAGAACGGUAAAACUUCUCCGCUAUGUCACGGCCCUCGACUACUUUAUUUUGGCGUGUGAAUUCAUCUUUAUCUUUUUCAUCGUCUACUACAUCAUCGAAGAAGCUUUGGAAAUUAAAACACUUAAAUGCGACUACUUUAAAAGUGUGUGGAACUUACUGGAUCUACUGGUGAUAGCGAUUUCAUUGGUGUGUGUAGGCUUCAAUGUUUACUGCAUCCUCUCCAUCUACCACAAGCUUGAAGAACUCUUAUCAGACCCCAACACCUUUGCUGACUUUGAGUUCCUGGGAUACUGGCAGAUGCAGUUUAAUAAUGCCGUGGCUGUGUGUGUGUUUUUUGCCUGGUUCAAACUGUUCAAGUAUAUCUCUUUUAACAAGACCAUGACUCAGCUCUUCUCUACUCUGUCAAGGUGUGCUAAAGACGUGGCGGGCUUCACCAUCAUGUUCUUCAUUGUGUUCUUCGCCUUCUCUCAACUGGGUUACCUGCUCUUCGGUACUCAGGUAUAUGAUUUCAGCAGUUUUAUCAACGCUAUGUUCACCUUACUGCGAACCAUUCUGGGUGACUUCAACUUCCACGAGAUUGAAGAUGCAAACAGGAUCCUCGGUCCUCUCUUCUUCUUAUCCUACGUGUUCUUUGUCUUCUUCGUGUUGCUCAACAUGUUCUUGGCCAUCAUCAACGACACUUACUCUGAGGUUAAGGCAGAAAUUGCAAACCAACGCAAUGAAUUUGAAAUUGCCGACUACUUCAAGCGUGGCUACAACAACAUGAUGGGCAAACUUGGGAAGAGAGACAAGAUAAUUGACCUCCAGAAUGCCAUCAAACUCUCAGAUGCCAAUAAUGAUGGCCUUAUUACAUUUGAUGAGAUCAGAGUCAACCUCAAGAAAUGUAACUUCUCUGAUAUGGAGAUUGAAAUGUUCUUUGCUAAGUAUGACACUGAUGGGAACCGCAUGUUGGAAGAAGACGAGGUGAAGAGGAUGUUGGCUGAUCUUGAGGGACAGAAGGUGGCACUUGAUACUGGCAACUCUGACGAAAAUAAACAAAUGAAACAUGAAGAACGACCUGGAAGUGGCAAGUCAAGCAGUGGAGCAGAAACUCGGCCAAUGUCAGCCUCCUCUGGUCACGGGUCUAUUGCUUCAGUAUCAUUUGAGGAGUUUUCUGUCCUACAACGCCGUGUGGACCGCCUAGAACAUAGCAUUGGCAGCAUUGUCAGCAAAAUUGAUGCUGUUUUGGUCAAGUUAGAUACAAUGGAGAAAACCAAACACAAGCGCCGCGAAACCAUGAACAAGAUGAUGGACACUAUUACAGAGAAUGAUGGCAUGGAUGAAACGACCAAGAGGAAGAACAUGGAGAAGCUGGUCCGAAGUGAACUGGAGAAAUGGGAUGGAGACAGUCCACCCUUGGGGCAGAAGUAAGUGUGAACUGCUAAACUCCCUAACUAUGAUGUACAGCUGAAGUUGCACAGCUCAAUACUCACUGAAAACCUCUGUGGUUACUUUAAUUAUGCAGUAGAUGGGUAGUUCCACAUAGUCAUUAUAUAAUUAUAAGCAGGUGUUGUAGAUGAUGAAAGGAAGUUUGUCUCUUCAGUACACAAUGAGGACCACGGAUAAACACUCAAGUUAGUUAUAAGUUGUACUAUCAGCAUUCCAUGGCCUGAGGGAAAACUGCAUUUAUUGCUAUAGUAAUAUUUAGUUAGUAGAAAGUCACAAGUGAAGAAAGACGUUUGUAAGUGGCAAAGUGAAAAGGGAAUUGGAAGUGACUACCUGUACACGAUUUUCCUACAUUAAGGGGGAAAAAAAUUUGAAGUUACAGAUGGUAUAAAUUGUCAUUACUAAACAGUUUACCAUGAUUUUUGAUGAUGAGAAGAGGGGGGAGUUGUGCCCUUGCCACUUGUCCGUCCUUCCAUGGUAAGACACACACGCCACCAAUUACUGUACUGUGAAGCUUAUCAAUGCAAGUAGUCGGAGUGACCUGUGAUACUUUUGCCUCAGUGAUGGGCAGAUCUCAGUUGACCUGACCAUUUUAGAUACUACUAAAUUAGUCAGUAAUGUUUUAAAUUUAGAUGUUAGAUGUUCCCAGAAAUGUUGUUAAUAUUUUAAUGCCUACUGCCACUCUUGCUGGGUUAGUAUCAAGUAUGAUCAGGGUGUCAACAACCAUACAAGUACAAACUGUCAGUAAUCCAGCCAAUUGCACGUGUUGACAUUCUGGUUUAUAUAUAGGGUUCAUGGUCAUUAAUGUAUGAUGGUACAUACAACUGUAAGGGAGGGAAGGCAAUAGAGAUCUGUCCACUUUUAACAGCUAUUAAAAAUAUAAAUAAUUGUUUGUUAUUUAUGAAUGUUUGAGUUAGUCAGUCAUUAUGUUUAACAAGUAUUAUAGUCCUGGUAAGUAUUCUCUCAUCUUUUCCUGAUAACAAGCUUCAGAGGAAGUGCCUUGAAGAUUUCUAAUUUACUGAAAAUGUAGUUCCAACAAAAGAUUUAUAACCUGUUUACUGAAGAGUCGAUCAGAUCAUUCUUUUUCUUUUAAAUUAUUUCUCAACGAAUCUUUGGAAUUGAUUGAUGUUGUCAGGAUUCAUUGCCUGGUAAACUUUCUUGUAUAUAAGAUAAAGAAGAACAACAAGCAAGAGGAGAAAGUUGACAAUUAACCCCUGACAAACAGUAAUCACCUAUUGUUUUACUGUAAAUGAUAAAUCAAUACAUACACACACCAUAAACAGAAUGGUAAGGAAGGUCUUAUACAGUACUGAAGGUUUUAGGUAUUGUAUAGUAGUAUAAUAAAAUUAUAAUUGUCCAGGCUAAGAAGAUUUGGCCUCUUAAACAGUUAUGAUUGGGUAGAAGCUGUACCGUACUGUGCAUGACAAUUUGACCAGAGUCCAUGACAUAUUUUCAUGGUUCUUGGACUCUUAUUGAAGAAUAUUUUUGUUAUGUACAGUUGUCUAUCUGUUUUUAGAAUACAAUAUAUACUGUACCAUCUAUGUUGAUAUUAUGAUGGUGUGUUUUCAGUUCUUGGAGCUCAAUUAAUUUUAAUUAAAUUUUUAACCCCAUGAAAUGGACUGGUCGGAAUUAAUACUUAAUAGAAAAAGUUAAUACAAUGUAUUUACAAAGAAGACCCAAGUCUUCCUCCCUCCUGAUGUCAGACUACAGUUGUCAGUAAUCCAGCCAAAUGUGUCGGGAGGGAGUAAGACCCCUCCCCCCCCCCCUGGGUCACCAAUAUUUUGUUAGAUUGGUAGCAUCAGUAUUGAGGAUGCCCGGCCACUGUUUUAUAUAGGGGUAAAAUUACCUUUGAAUUGGCAUGAAUAUAUAUACAGUACAGGUAAAAUAUAUAUAUAUAUACUGUAUAUAU